GCGGGGAAAGAGAGUGUCUGACCGUGGAGGAGGAGGACUCGUGUGCGUGGGCGCGCGACCGGUUCGGUGAGGGAGACGAGAAUUCCCCGUGUGCGUGUGCAGGGGGACAGUGCCGGAGGUACUGGCACCAUGCACACACCCUUAUCUGUGAAGGUGACCCUUACAAGGUAAAGAUCAGGUUGGCAGUAACCCACCAAAAGAAUGUGCAUUUGAAAACCGCAGAGAUACACUGUCUGAAGAUGACUGCACCACUGUGGGUUGAUCUGAAAGUCUUUGGUUUUUUAUAAUGGCAAGGCAGUGUCCAAUCUGAAUGUAGCCAGCAGAGCAUAUAUAACCCAUGGUCUGUGAAUACAAGUCCUGUACUGUACCCCAAGAUGUUUGGCGGUAGUAAUGAGAGGAUCACUUUCGUAUGACAACUAUCCCUCCAACAGAGAGAAGUGGCACAACUGUGCUUAAAGGGAUCCUCAUGGAUACUUUACCAAUCUAAAAGUCGACCAGCUCCUACGGGUGUUUCCGUAUGUUGACCAGCAAGAAUGCGGUUCACUGUGAGGAAGGUGCUGUUAGUGAUCUCCUUCAUUGUAUUGGCAGCGUUGGCUGCACACCUUGGCCAACAGAUGUUAGAAUGCCAGCAAAUUCUCGAUGAAGGCUAUGGCAGGAAAAAUCAUGGCGUUAUGAAGCCAGAGAGUGAAGAAUUAGUUAUGAUGGAUGCCCAGAACAUAGAAUACAGAUACAGUAAAGACAUGCCACUUAUAUUUAUUGGCGGAGUGCCACGAAGUGGUACAACUUUAAUGAGAGCAAUGCUGGACGCUCACCCCGAUGUCCGAUGUGGAGAAGAAACGCGUAUUAUUCCACGGAUUUUAGCAAUGCGCCAAGCGUGGUCGAAAUCCGGCAGUGAAAAGAUGCGCCUUGAUGAAGCUGGUGUUACAGACCAGGUCAUGGAUGCUGCUGUACAGGCAUUUAUACUAGAAAUAAUAGCCAAACAUGGAGAACCUGCAAAACUUUUAUGUAACAAAGAUCCUUUCACUUUGAAAUCGUCAGUUUAUCUCUCCAAACUCUUCCCGAAUUCCAAGUUUCUGUUAAUGAUAAGGGAUGGACGUGCCUCUGUACAUUCCAUGAUCACUAGAAGGAUAACUAUAGCUGGCUUCGAUUUAAACAGUUAUAGAGACUGCCUCACCAAGUGGAACAAAGCGAUAGAGAUUAUGUACGCACAGUGCUUAGAAAUUGGGGUGCGAAAGUGCCUUCCUGUUUAUUAUGAACAGUUAGUCUUGCACCCCAAGCAGACGAUGCAAGCAAUUAUAGAAUUUCUGAGCAUACCCUGGGAUGAUGCCGUGCUGCAUCACGAGGAAUUGAUCGGGAAACCUGGAGGAGUGUCUCUCUCAAAAACUGAAAAGUCAACGGACCAAGUAAUGAAGCCUGUGAACCUCGAAGCCCUGUCUAAGUGGGUUGGGAAACUUCCUACAGACAUUGUAGAGGACAUGCCUCGUAUUGCCCCAAUGCUUGCCAGACUGGGCUACGAUCCCUAUGCCAACCCACCAAGAUAUGGUAGCCCAGAUGCCAUAGUUGUUAACAACACUCAUAGAAUCUUGAAGGGAGAUUUUAAAACCCCAAGCAGCCUGAAAGGAUAUAUUCAGGUUCAUCAAAAUAACUCUUCACACUGGUGACGGCAAAUGUUUAGAGCUGGAUGUUCUAUAAUGGGACCGAACAGAGAAAAACUCCUUGCAGUUAUGAAAGGAAAUUAGAUAUCCAAGCAUAUUGCUUGCCAAAUAUUGCCAAACUGACUGUCUAUAGAGUGGAAUGUAUUUGCACUUGUUUGUACCGCUGGAUUCUUUGACAGCUGUCAGUAAGAAAUUCUCUCUGUAGCUUAUCUGACCUUACUGUGGAGAAAACCUGAUCUGUGGAUCUUUUAGUCGUCAUUGAAUCUGCAGCCAAUAUUUUGUAAUGAGCCACAGCCAUUUUGUACCACUCCGUUACAGCACCAGAUCGGAAAUGGCGCUUCACUAAUUUACAUCUUCUUUGUUUUUAAAGGUCACUAAACUGAUGAAAUGAAGGAGCAAAGGCAAUAAGUUUUAGUUUUAAUUUUUUAGGUUUUUUUUAUUAACAAAAGUUAUCCGGUACAUUGUAACAUUUACAAUUGCAUUUGUUCCAAAUGCUUCAGAGCAAAAGAGAAGACUGGAUAGCUCACUCGCUGAAGAAGUGUACUGGUGACUUUUUAAAUGUAUUCUAAAAAUCUCUAUUUAAAUUUUAAUAUAUGAUUCAUUCAGGGUUUCCAACCCCAUUUCAUUAUAUUAAACCGUUUAAUGAA